AUGAAAAGUAAAAAAUGGAAUUCUGAUAUUGAUACACAGGUAAUUCUUUACUUUAAUCUUGAGCCAAGAAGAAUCAAAUUUCAAAGUAUAAAACUGUGUCACUGGAGCCCUCCUAGUCCUGGUUUUAUCAUGUUUUGUUGUGAUGGAGCAUCAGUUGGAAACCCAGGAUGUGCUGGUUUUGGGGUUGUAAUUAGAGAUCAUUUGUGUCAAGUGUUGGGAGUUAUAACUGGAGGUAAUGGCAUUGCUACAAAUUAUAUAGCAGAAGUAUAUGUAGUUAUAUGUGUUGUAGAAAUGGCAGUUACUUGGGGAUUGCAGAAGAUCUUACUUUGCUAUGAUUCCAAAACAGUAAUAACAGAGUUUGAAAACAAUAAGAUGCCUUGGUUUGUGAGAAUGAGAUGGUAUAAAGCAAGAAAACAAAUACAAGAGAUUUGCUUCUUACACAAUUACAGGGAAACAAAAUUUGCAGCUGACACUGCAGCUAAAAAGGGAGCAGAAAUGCAUGCAGAGCAAAGGCAGGUUUAUACAGGAAGGCCUAGUUUUUUUACUAGAGUUGAAUAUCCAAAUGUGGAUUACUAUAUAACCUGUUAG